CAGAAACCAAGACACAACCCACCCACCAGCCAUGUCGAGCAAGUGGCUGAUUCUAUGCGCCCUGGUGGCACUCCUUAGCAUCGGCACCGAGACCUGGGCCAAGCCAGGCGCCAGACGCACCAUCCAGGCCAGACCUGAUCCUGAGCUGGUUCAGCGCCUGAAUGCCCGCUACUAUGCCCAGGAUGAUGAGGACGGCGAUGAUAUUCUAGAGCACGAAGAGGACCUGGCCGAUGACAACGAAGAGGAUGAUGACGAGGAAGCUGAUGAUGCUGAGGAGGAGAAGGAGGAAGAGGAGGAGGAGCACGAGAAGCCCAAGGACCAGACUUUAAUCCACAAGCAGUUGUCCACCAAAUCCGAAACAGUUCCCCUGAAAAAGGAGCACCGGGAGGUGGAGGUCGCUGAGAACGAGGAGGAUCUCCAAAAUCUCGACUAUGACGAGGACGAGAAAGAGGCUCUCGCUGAGGGCAUCGACUCCCCGGUAAAUGAGGGCCGCAACAACCGACGACGGGCCGGCAGACGGGGAGGCAAGGGCGGCCGCAAGGGGCGUGGCAGCCGGAACCGUAGGCGUGGCAAUCGCCGUUGUGGCGGUCGUGGCAAGCGCGGGCGACGCGGCCAAAAGCGUCGUUCUCCCUCCAAGCGAAGCGGUAACAAGCGAAAGACGGCUAACAAGCGGAAAACGGCUAACAAGCGACAGGGUCAAAAGCAAAAGACCAACAACAAUAACAACAACAAGCAGACUGGAGCACCUUCCACCAAAGUGGCUUAAAAACCAGAAAGACUAGGAAGACCUUUCCCCAAAUUAGAAUAAAAAUAAUAAAAAAAUAUAAAUAAAAAAUA